AUGGUUUCAAACAAUGCUGUUCCGAUGAAGUUAGAAAGUUCUGACAGAAGAUAUGUAGUUGUCAGAACGUCAGAAGCUCAUAUGCAAGAUACAGAAUAUUUUGACGACUUAGCAGAAACUUUGACAUCUGACUUUUACAACCACUUGUUCUCAUAUUUUAUGACAUUAGAUAUUUCAAAGUUCAAUCCAAGACAAAUUCCACAUACCGAAGAGAGACAAACAUUGUUAGAAGCAAACAAGAGUGUAUAUGAACUGUUCAUAGAUGAAACUGACUUUGAGUGUUUAGAUGAAAGGUCAUUGUACGAUUCGUAUAAACAAUAUUGUCAAGAAUAUGGUUAUAUGACAGCGUCUAAACGAACAUUCUUGGCAAAUGUCAAAAGUCUUUUAGACGUACAGAAUGGUGUAUAUACAAAGAAAAUUUUUUAUGAGUAA